UGGAAGUCACCUGAGGUAAUCACGUGCCUGUUUAAAGCAAUAACAAAGACAUCUUUCCAUUUUUCUUCAACAAAAGGUGCACUGGAGAGUUUAAACUAUCAAAACACAAUGUGUUCCCACACAUGCUAACCCUUUUUUCGAAGCAAAAUCCCGACACCUGAUCUGUGUCAAUGAAGCGACCCUUGAGCUUUAUCAGCUCAAGCAUGACACCAGGAAGUUAGUGCACAUGUCUGAAGGUGAAGUACACAACAGUGGGCUUUGGAACUAAGCUAUGCUGGAGUUUCCCCCUGGGGUGUUGAAGAGGACAGGAGAGAGUAGGAGGAGUGACAGGUAGAUGGAUGUUACAAACAGAGAUGAGACACUGAAGGUUUGGAGUGAGCUCUGAAAAGGACACUGUAACUAAAAGACUCAGCCAUGGAACAUCCCAACUGCACCAAUGUGGACCAGCUGAUCAAACGAUAUUACCUGCCUGUCUGCUACACCAUCAUCUUCACAGUGGGCCUGAUGGGCAACAUCACUUCCAUUGGCAUUUAUGUGACAAAGCUGCGUCCAUGGAACAGCAACAGCAUCAUCAUGGUCAACCUGGCGCUGACUGACCUCCUCUAUGUCCUCAGUAUGCCUUUCCUGGUCUACUACUACAGCAACGGGGAUUCGUGGACACUCGGCGACUUCAUGUGCCGCUUUGUGCGCUUUGGCUUUCAUUUUAACCUGUAUGCGAGCAUCCUCUUCCUGACAUGUCUGGCCGUUUUCCGCUAUGUGGUGGUGGUCAAGCCUCUGAGGGCAGCGCAGGUGCAGCAAAGUUUUUGGGGUAUAAUUGCGUGUUUAGCUGUCUGGAUCAUCGCCGCUGCUGAAAUCACACCUAUGUUGACGAUAAUAUCCUUAGAGCAGCGCAACAACAAGACAUACUGCUUAGACUUUGCAAGCACCAUCAACGUUGGUAACAUGUUAAGUAUGUGGUAUGUCCGGCUGCUUACUGCAUUCGGAUUUCUAUUCCCUCUGGUGGUGGUAUUCAUGUGUUACAUCGGUAUAGUGAAAGAGUUGGCCAAAGGGCCAUACACAACCAGCCCGUGUCGGAUGCGAGCACGGCGCGUGACCGUGCUGAUCCUGGUGGUGUUUGCCGUGUGUUUCCUGCCAUAUCAUAUCUUGCGUGUGUUGCGGAUAGAAACUCGAAGGAUGCCGUGCAUGGUGGAGCACAUUGUGCAUGCAAUGUAUAUUAUCUCCAGGCCUCUGGCUGGAUUCAACACCUUUUUCAACCUGGCUCUGUACACUCUUUCAGGUGAUAAGUUCAGGAUGGCCUUCAGCACGUUUCACUUGGAUUACUGGCCGACCAAGAUCAGGUCGCUGCUCCAAGCCGUCUUUAGAACGGCCGCAUGACGCUUGACUUUCCUUUUUUUUCAUCUGUGUUGGACAUUUGGUGCUUCCAAGAGACAAAACAUUUGUGCCAACCCCUGACAUGUA